AUAAUUCCUCUCUCUCUCAUUCCUCUCUCUCUCUCUCUCUCUCUCUCUCUCUCCCUCUCUCUCUCAUUGUAAAAAACACAGAAUUCAAUAUAGCAGAUAAAUAAAGAUAUAGAGAGAUCGAUGGAGGACGGGAAUAUACCAGUGUUAGCGAAGAAGGUAAGGCAGAUGGUGAAGGUGAUAUUGCUCAUGGUCAGGAAGGGAAUUUCCAAGUGGCCCAAGCUCAUGCUUGAUCUCAACAUGAUGAUGAAGGGCCGAAAGAUCGCCGGAAAAGCCAUCCUCCACAACCUCAUGUUCCACCACCACCCCCACUCCGCCACCCGUUCCCACGACGGUGGCCGCCUCUCCUUCUACGGCGGCCCACAAGAGUACGAGUUCAGCUGCAGCAGCAGCCCCGCCAAGCGCCCACGCCACCACAACUCCCAGCUGUACUUCUUCCCCUGCGCGCAAGCGCCGCCAACCCACGACGAUUUAGUCCUCCCCGCCGACGCCAAUGCCGUCAGGAGGGAACUGGAGAUGCUGGCCCGAAAGGGCGGGGCGUCGCCGGCGAUCUCGGCCUUCCUGCAGAGCCCGGCGGUGAGCGAACUGAUUUACAGCGAGCUUUCGUCGCCGGCGCUGCCGGGGUUCGGGCGGACGCCACUGGUGCGGCAGCUGAGGGUGACGGACUCGCCGUUUCCGCUGCGCGACGUCGACAAAGGAGAUCACCGCGUGGAUGAGAAGGCGGCUGACUUCAUAAUGAAGUUCUAUAAUGAAUUGAGGAAGCAAAACACAAGGGCUCCGCAUUGAAGACAAGAUUGGAUUGUGAGAAGCUUGAUUGAUAAAGAAGCUAAUUUCGUAUUCAAUAUUGAACGGGUGUAGAGUUCUCUAUUGGACUGGGCCAGAGGUCCAAUGGUCCACUAUAUUGUUGGGCCAACAUAAAGCCUGCCAAACACAAUUGUGGGACCAUUCAUCUCACAGCUUUUGACUAUAUGUUUGAUGGGAUAAUUGCUUUUUACUUGUGUAUUUUAGAUGAAAAUAGCAAGCUCUCAUCACCUCCGUAAAAAAGUUUUCAAUAAUAUGGUCUGUUAAAUCAACAAUUAACAAU